AUGUUAAAGGAAGUUUUCAUUCUUAAACAAAAAAAAACCUUAAUAGUAAUAUAAAUGAUUAAGUAAGAUUGUAAUGAAGAGAUAAAAGACUAAAAUGAAGAUUUUAAGGUUAUGGGAAAUAGUCCUGUAAUUAUUUUAGGUGUAGAAGAUAAAUGUGUAUAGUAAAGUAAGGCUUAUAUGUAGUAGGAUGAAAGUAAAAAUUACUCAUUUAUCUUGAGAAUCACUAAAUUAUGGUCAAAAGAGGAAAUUAUCAAUGUCAUCAGUUGGAACUGUAAAACUUGGAGUAGAUGUUUUUGUGAAUCUAAAAUAAGGAAGCAUUCAUAAAUAUUAUGUAAAAGGGGAAGUUUUAGGGUAAGGAGCAUAUGGGAAGGUUUGGAAGGUGACUCAUAAGAAUAGUGGUAAGAAAUGUGUAUGAUAAAAAAGGGAUGGUGAGAGCAAUGAAAUAACUUAAGAAAAGCUCUUUAAUACUUGAAGAAUAGAAGAGACUUUUUGCAGAAAUGAAUAUACUAAGAAAUUUGGAUCAUCCUCAUAUAGUUAAAUUAUAUGAGUUAUAUUAAGAUGAAUAGAAUUACUAUUUAAUAACAGAAUAUUUAUCAGGCAAAGAGUUAUUUGAUAGGAUAAAAGAGAUGAGUUAUUUUAGUGAAAGGAAGGCUGCUUCAUUUAUGAGAGAUAUAUUAUCUGCAGUUGUUUAUUGUCAUGAAUAAAAUAUAGUACAUCGAGAUCUAAAGCCAGAAAAUAUAUUAUUUGCUAAUGAAUCACAAAAUUCGCCAUUAAAAAUAAUUGAUUUUGGAACAUCUAGAAAAUAUGAUGCUGAUAAAAAAAUGACUAAAAAACUUGGAACUGUAAAUAAUGAUUUCAUUAUUAUAGGCUUAUUAUAUAGCUCCAGAAGUGUUGAGAAAAGACUAUAAUGAAAAAUGUGAUGUAUGGUCAUGUGGAGUAAUUUUAUAUAUUCUUUUGUGUGGAUAUCCUCCAUUUACUGGUAUAAAUGACAAAGUUAUAAUGUAAAGAAUAAGUGAUGGCAAUUUCAUUUUUGAUGGUAAACAAUAUUCGAGAAAUAGGGUAGAUAAUGAUUGGGCCUUGAUAUCAAAAGAUGCAAAAAAUCUUAUUACUAAUAUGCUUUAAGUGGAUCCUAAUUAAAGAAUCUCAGCAAAAUAAGCAUUAGCAGAUCCUUGGAUAGAUAAACAUAAUUCAAAUGAAGAAGUUAAUCGCAUAGUAUUAUAAAAUUUACAACGAUUUUAAGUAUAUUUAUUAACAAUAUAAAUUAAGGCAAAAUCUGUGUUCACUCAAGCAGUUCUUUCAUAUAUUGCUUGUUAGAUGACAACUAAUCAAGAAUAAGAAGAAUUAAUUAAAGCAUUUCAAGUUUUAGACAAGGAUUAAAAUGGAAUUAUAUCCAAAGAUGAACUAAUUGAAGGUUAUUCAUAAGUUUUAAAAGAUAAAGAAUUAGCAAUGCAAGAGGUUAAUAAGAUAUUACAUAUAAUUGAUCUAAAUUAGAGUGGUUAAGUUGAUUUUUCAGGUAAUUUAAUAGAAUAUAUAUAUAAUUAUAGAAUUUUUGAUGGCUUCAAUGAAUUAGGAGAAACUUGUAUCUUUAGAAAGAGUGAAGGCAGCAUUCAAAAUGUUUGAUGCAAAUGAUGAUGGUAAAAUUUCAAAAGAAGAACUUGAAAUGAUGAUUGGGAAUCUAGAGGAAAAUAUAUGGUAACAAAUUCUAGUUGAAUGUAAAGCAUAAGGAGAAAUAACAGAGGAAGAAUUUAUAGAUAUAUUACUUAAUUAGAAACUUUGA